CGUUCAUCAGACACAAAAUUGCUUUUUAGUAGCCUCAUUCUCUCUGUUCCUCUGCGGUAGAUCAAACCAACCUCCAUCUCCAUUGGGACCAUCAGGACCUUUAAUUAAAAGAGCUAACCGUUUCUUUGAGCAAAUGGUUAACUAAACCGCAAGCAUUAAAGAUAGCACUUCAUAUUAAACUAGUAAUUAAAUCUUAACGCAUUGAUAGUUUUUUAGAUUGUUAUAUCUGCACAAUAUUGUCUUACUUGUGAAUGCCUGGACCUAUUGCCCUUGCAAAUUCACAGGUGGGCUUUAAUUACAAUAGAGGUGAGAGAUGCCGUCACGGCCUUGUGCGGAUAUUGUGAGGAUUCCUCGCAACAUUCUGCAAAGCUGUGCGACUUUUCCAGACGAGAGAAAAUCUUUGCUCUUAAACUAUGAUUGAACCAAAGAUCAAGGACUUCUUUCUCCAGCCAUCUCCACAUAGCUGAAGAACAUUUACGGCUUCACUUCAUUUCAAACACAGAGACACACAAACAGACAGACCCUACAAACAGAGGACAGCCUGUGUUUUUACAUCAUGGGGUUGUAUUCUUAUAAUGGAUUGUUAGUGAUGUUGCUGUUUCAUCUAUGCCAAGCACAAGAUGCUGCUCCCCCGUCCCCUGACCCCGAGCCAGCCCCACCGAGCCUGGGCGACGUGAUUGACGCAGUGAAGGCAGCCUUUGAGCAGGCAAUACAGAUCUCAACAGACGGCACCAGACGUGAAGCCUCGGAGCAGGCUGGAGAGGAUCUCGUACCACAGAAGACUCCAGCAGGGCAUCCACCAGCAGCAGAAAACAUGGCAGAUCAUACAACAGAACAAGCAGAUGUGAUGAGAGUCAGUGAAGAGGCAGCAGUUCUCCCGGCAGGAGAACCAGAUGUCCGUGUCUCAGAAUCAAAUGAAGAAAUACACGAGGAAUCAGCUCAAGAUACAGAACCUGCAAGACUGAUAGAACACGAAUCAUUUGAUUCAGAGCCAACAAAAGAAUCACUUCAAAACCAGUCUUAGAGGUAGCAGAAUCUGUUCAGGAAGGAGUUAAAUUAAGUGUUGAGUCAGCUUUGUUGGGCCCUCGGAUUGUUGAAAUGAGUGAUUCAGAAACUGAAGAGUCACCUGUUCAGGUGUUUAGUGCUGACAUACAAAAGAAAAAUGAAACGGGGAAAAAAGCUACUGAAAUGAAAGCUGGAAGUGAGGGGGUAGAAAGAGAGGUGGGAUUUAACGAGGCAAAUGCUGGGAAGCAUCAAGAGUCUGAGAUGGAGAAGAGUGUAGAAAUAGAGAAUGUAGAGUUGACAGUGAGUAAUGAGGAAGUUGAAGAAGAGCUCCAUGAAGAUAAACAUCUGCGAAUGCUUCCCAGACCCAUGGAAAGACCCGAGGAAACAGAAUCAGAGUUUAGUGAAGAGAAAAAGCAUGGUGUGGGAGCAGAGGAUAAGAUAGAGAAAGAGCUAGAACGAGUACAGGCAGCAGAAGGAGCUGUGAUUAAAGUUGAGGUAGGGGAUAAGAAGGUAGAGGCUGAAAAAGAGCUUCUGGGAGAGCAUGAGGUCCUGCCAACCAGAAAAACCAUACUGGUGGAAACUCGACAGGAACCAGAGGUCAACAUGGACGCCAACGGGCCAAUUAAGAGGCAGGAGUCUGCCAUUAUGAAGUCUAAAGCAAUGGGCGGUACAGCACACGAGGUCAAUGACGUGAAUGAGAUUAUCACAUCCAGGGACCUGAUUGAGAACCGUCAUGGUAAACCAGCAAUGAUGAACACAGGUUGAGGAGCUCCCAUCCACAUCCACCCUUGGCCGAGGGCUGAAAGACAAGAAUAAACCAGCGGAGGAACCUGAAGACAACACACAUUCGAAAGCCUUAGGGCAGGUAGCAUGGAAGACAGGAGCCAUCGCGGCAGCCUUCUUUCUCAUCCUGCAAACUGUUGUCACCAUUGUCUACAUUCUGAAAUGCAGGAGAAACCCAAACAGUGUGAUUUCGAAGAAAUUGUGUGCGAGGGGAAAUGGGGGUGUAGAAUAUGAUGCAACCAACACAGACACAACCAUCCCAAUCGAUGAACGAAUUGCUGUAGAUGACCUUCCAGAGUACUCGCAGGUCCAGCAAGAGGACGUUGCUAUGACAACAAUCCCGCCGGAUUGUACGGAGAAAAACUCAUCCCGUGACCUCAGCACCUCUGUUGUUUAGCGUCGCUGACCUUAAAGUAUAAUUGUGUUGGUAAAUGAUUGAGUUUCUGACAGCAUGAUCGUGUGUGACGAAUAGUCAGAUUGGUCUUGACAGCAAUGUCACCCCUGGGUUAUUCACCAUAUAUUAUUUCGAAAAAAAUUCUUCAAUAAUGUAAGCACAAGGGAAAAGAGGCGUAUCAAUAUGUUUUGUCCUAAAUUGUCACUAAAUGAAAAUUGAUGAAGGUGAAUGAUAACUGCACAUCACUUUAAAGGGAUAGUUCACCCAAAGAUUUAAUUCUGUCAUAAUUUACUCCCCAAAAAGUGCCUUAGUGGAAGGAAAAGCAUUAAAAUUCCUUAAAGCUGUUUUGCAUACAAUAAAACUGAAGGAUGAACGGGACAAACACUAAAAAUGUCCAAAAGCACCAUAAAACUAGAUUUGUGCCCUAUUUACCAAGUCUUCUGAAGUUGUACAGUUCUACAUUUAUACAGAAUAAGGUUUU